AUGUCGAAUACAACGAUACAAUUCUUGCCACCGCCUACAAGUUUGGCUCAGAAUCUGAAUUACGGGAAUCUGAAUCAGCACGGUGAGAACCUGAACGGGAACGGUGGGAGCUUAGCCGUGAACGAUGGUAAUCUGAGUUCGCACGAUGGAACAUUAACUUUGCACGAUGGGAAUCAGAGUUUGAGCCAGAAUCACAGUACUAAUGGUCAAAGCUACAGUACGAAUCAAAACUACAGUACGAAUGCUCAAACCUACAAUUCGGGCCAAAAUCUACCCCCAGCACCACCCCCACCCCCGCCAGUCAUCAUGAUGGAGUCCGUGGUCCAAAGCUCCUUCACCGUCCAGCUACAACAAGAUCCAAGCCAAGAGAACAUUGAGGUUCAGGAGGAGGAAGAGCCCGAGAACAGCCGAUCCAACCUCCUCGACCAGAUCAAGGCCGGCUACAAGUUGCGCAAGGUGGAGCGACAACAAGAAUCCGAAAAGGCGAAAGCGGCCGUCGAGGCCAACGAUGUGGCCGCCAUCUUAAGAAGACGAAUGGAGCACGUCAUGGGGAACGACGACUCGGACGAGGAGCAACAGAGCGAUGGAAGCGAGUGGGAAUAG